AUGCUUCAACCCACCUAGCUACAUCACCGGUGGGAUUCGAUUGCAUCGGAAAGCAUGGACUACAAGCAUUUCAGCCACCCCCACAACUUAAUCAUCCACCGUGUUUAUGAAUUAGGCCAACAAGUCAACUGCUCCGGCUGCGACUCCGCCUGUGACAACACUACAACCGCCGUCCACGCCUGUCACCAAUGCAACUUCUUCCUCCAUGACCACUGUGCCAACGCCGGCCGUUAUGUAAAACACCCAUCUCAUCAACCCCACCCACUCAUCCUCCUCCCUCACCCUACCUACGCCGGCGGCACCUUCAUUUGUAACGCCUGUGGUCAUCCCGGGAAAUCCUUCUCCUACUGCUGCACCCUAUGCGAGUUUGAUCUUCACGUCGGCUGUGCUUUCUUGCCUGUCUCCGUAACUCACCAAGCCCACCAACAUGAACUUAAUCUUUUCUAUGGCGUUCCGGUGGUUCCCCGGAGAGGAAGUAACACCGAUCUUGAAUAUUGUAACAUUUGUAGGAAGGUCUUGGAGGGUAGGCACUGGGCAUACAGUUGUCAGAAGUGUGAGUUUAACCUGCACACUGCUUGUGCCACCACGGAGGUGGUGCCAGGGUUGUACCAUGAUGAUUCGCCAGCCUAUGGAGCGGCUGAGGGAAAGAGCACGGUGGCAGAUGGUGGCGGAGGAGGUGGGAACGUAGUUGAGGUGGAAUUGACCGAGGAGGAUAUUAUCCAGUUGUAUAGGUUGCAGAUGCUUGCACAAAGCAUGGCUUCAUUGUCUACUACUGGAUGAGUCUCAUGUAAUCCAUUCUUUUCCAUUUUGAAUUUCUGUCUUUUAUCUACAUCAAAAUCUUUGUAAAACAGAAAAGGUUCCAUCGAUUAAACAAAUGAUUUUACGUAUGACGCCAACAAAUUGCAACAUGUCACGUUCAUUUUGGGAUAUGGGCGACCAAAGUAAGACGAACAAUUCGUAAUCCUUUGCAACCUCAUCAUGAAUUAAGGUUUGGGUUUUCAGUCGUUAAUCCCUCACAAAUACAUGAUAUCAUAUUUGGGUUUUCUGUCGCUAAUCCCUCGCAAAAUCAUGAAUACAUGCAUUCAAAUUUGGGUUUUUGUUCGCUAAUGCCACGUAAAUUUGGAGAGAAGACAGCUUAAACAUAUACCUAGUUGUAAAAUGUUGUAGAUUCUGUUGUUUUCUUUACUUUCAAUGUUAAAUGGUAACACCCAAGUGGUUGAGCUUUAUUUUGUAAAA